GCUGGCAAACUAAAACCAAACCUUGGGAACAUUCUGCAAUAUUUUCGCGGAUCGGAAUUACAAAAUUACUUCACGAAAAUUCUGGAAGACAAUCUUAAAGCUGUUGUCAAACCGCAAUAUGUUGAUCAAAUACCUAGAGCAGCAAAGGGAAGCGUGGAGUCUCUGCUGUCACGGAAAGCUGAUAGAGGAAAUCGCGAACAGGUUCAGAAAGAUAUGGAGCUUGAUGGUCUUCUGCAAAGGCAAAUCGAACAGCUAUCUGGUGGUGAACUGCAGCGGUUUGCCAUAGCAAUGUGCUGCAUUCAGAAGGCAGAUGUUUACAUGUUUGAUGAGCCCUCGUCAUAUCUGGAUGUAAAGCAACGUCUCCGAGCAGCCGCUCUUAUCAGGGAUAUGAUCGCCGGAAACACAUACGUUAUUGUGGUCGAACACGACUUGGCUGUAUUAGAUUAUUUAUCCGACUUUAUUUGUUGUCUCUAUGGUGUUCCUGGUGUCUACGGUGUGGUGACAUUGCCUUCGGGAGUGCGGGAAGGCAUUAAUAUGUUCCUUGACGGCGACACCUUUUCUUUUGAUACCAUUCUUAAUCUCUGCUUCCGAGUUUCUGAACAAAUUGACGAAGUUGUGAAGCGUACUGGUAAUUUUAAGUAUCCUGCAAUGUCCAAGAAUCUGGGUCAAUUCAAACUGAAUGUAGAGUCGGGUGAUUUUUCUGACUCGGAGAUUAUCGUUAUGUUGGGUGAGAACGGAACUGGAAAGACUACAAUGAUUAGAAUGCUGGCUGGUUCUUUGAAACCCGAUGAAGAGGUUGAUAUGCCGAAUAUGACCAUCUCCUAUAAGCCGCAGAAAAUCAGUCCUAAAUAUGAAAACUUCGUUCGACAUAUGCUCCACGAAAAGAUUCCCAACAUGUACAUGCAUCCACAAUUCAAGUCGGAUGUCAUGAACCCUCUAAUGAUCGACCAACUUAUGGACAGGGAGGUGCAAACAUUGUCUGGUGGAGAGUUGCAACGUGUGGCGUUGGUGCUUUGCCUUGGAAAAACGGCAAGUGUUUACCUGAUCGAUGAACCCUCAGCAUAUCUGGAUUCAGAACAGCGUCUCCAUGCUGCCAAGGUCAUUAAGCGAUUCAUCAUGCAUGCUAAAAAGACGGCGUUUGUUGUUGAGCACGAUUUCAUCAUGGCCACUUACCUCGCUGAUCGGGUGAUUGUAUUUGAUGGGGAGCCAUCUGUGGAGGCGACCGCUAGGAAGCCACAGAAUCUUCAAGACGGAAUGAAUUAUUUCUUGAAAAUGCUUGAAAUCACAUUCCGACGUGAUACGGAAUCAUAUCGGCCGAGAAUUAAUAAGAAGGAUUCCAUAAAAGAUAUGGAGCAGAAGAAAAGUGGACAGUUCUUCUUCUUGGAUGACGCUUAG